AUGGUUUUGCCCAGACAGCUUUAUUUUUUGGGGAUUACGCUCGCAUUGCUGCUGGCGCCUGCUGCGGCGGCGCGGCCCAGCAAGGAGGAUCUGAUCGCGGAGGUGAAGAAUGUUCGAGUCGCGCUUGACGACCCCGAACUGAGCAGCCAAUAUCGCGCCAGCGCCAUGUUUCUUGACACUCUCAUCCCUCAACUAGAGACCAAUUGGAAUCCAACAGACGACUUCCUCGCCUCAACCGAAGGCAAAACCGUUCUGCUACCUGACGACAACGCAAUCGCUUCCGCGGCCCCUGGUGCCCUCGCCGACUUGAUGAAUCCUUCUCUGCCUCGCCAGAAGGUUCGCUCGUAUGCGUCGAUGAUUCGGGCUAACCUGCUUAACGGAGUCUACGACGAGGAUGGUAUUAAAAAGGCCAAGGUGUUAACCGACGGAAACGGUCGCAAGGUGUUUAAGGCUUUUCAAUUGGACCGCCUUACUAAGAAGUGGAAGCCUUUUAUUGGGAAGAAGAAGGCGAAAAUCAAGCGUUCCAAGCUUUUCAGGGGGAAGCUUUUCGUUAUCCAUGGCGUGGAUAAAAUGCAGAAGCCUUAG